CGUUGAUGGUGCCAUGUAUUCAACUGUGAGGUCAUCAUUGCUGCACAUUUCAGCUGAAGGCUCUGUAUAAGCAGUGUUGUCAAUGAUCGAUUUUUGGACAGCGAUGUCUGAUGGUGUAUGUGCAGAUGGUUUCUUACUACUGGAUUUACCAGAAUUAGUUCCUAUUGAACUUGUGUCGUCUGCCCAAAUCUGCAGUCCUUUUCCUAAUCCGCUUUUUCCGGUAGUUUUAGGAAGCUUGAGUGCCUUUGAUUUUUUUAAUGCAGAUCGUUCAAUAGUGCCUGGAGUCUGGUUAGUGACAUCUCGCAGUGCACGAAUAGACACAGACCCAGUCAUAAUAGAGCUUCCUUUCGUAUUGGUGGUAUUGGAUAGAGAAGGCUUUGUAGUCGAUCCAAAAUGUCUUUUUCCUGGUACAGGCUGGACAACUCCUUUAACAGUCUCUGAGCGUUGGACUGUAUUCGACUUUUCUACCAGUGCAGUGUGUCGCAUUUUCUGUCCAGUUUCUAAUCAUCACGUUGAAUGGUUGAUAUGUUUAGCUGUAUGAGAGCAUAGUAGAUACCAACAAAUAACCCACAAACAGUUGUUGUUUUGGAUGACCAUUUGUAUGCAAAUGAUAAUCGUACUUGGAUGUUUCAUGGACACGAGCAGACCGGCAGCAGUUGGAGUAGAUAUAGAAACAAUGCGUUUCAUAGAAACAGUGCCAUUGUCAGCAGUCUUUCUUGAAGUAUUAGGUGCGAAUGAAGUACUGCUGUUCUGUUUUAUAUGAAACGCAUUGUUUUCCUUGUCGGCAUACGCAGGUCUACCAGAAUAGAGCAUGCUGGAGUUUGGAC